GGAUGUGGGUGGGUGUGAGUUAGACCUGAUAGCUUGUGCUACCAGGUCGGUUGCCGUGUUCCUCCCUUAAGUCAAUGUGACCUGACCUGACUAGGUUGGGUGCAUUGGCUUAAGCCGGUAGGAGACUUGGACCUGCCUCGCAUGGGCCAGUAGGCCUUCUGCAGUGUUCCUUCGUUCUUAUGUUCUUAUGUUCUUAAGACAAACACAAUGUCAGCUCCAGCAAUUGGUAUCGACCUGGGCACCACGUACUCCUGCGUUGGUGUGUUCCAGCAAGGCAAAGUAGAGAUCAUAGCUAACGACCAGGGAAACAGAACUACACCAUCCUAUGUGGCCUUCACUGACACUGAACGACUCAUUGGUGACGCAGCUAAAAACCAGGCAGCCCUCAACCCCAGCAACACAAUCUUUGAUGCCAAACGACUCAUCGGUCGCAAGUUUAACGAUCCCACUGUUCAGACCGACAAGAAACAUUGGCCUUUUGAUGUGGUCAAUGACAACGGUAAACCCAAGAUACGAGUUGAGUACAAGGGAGAGAGCAAGAGCUUCAAUCCCGAGGAGAUCUCAUCUAUGGUGUUAAUAAAGAUGAAGGAGACAGCUGAGGCGUACUUGGGUCAGAAAGUGAAGGAUGCUGUCAUUACAGUACCUGCUUACUUUAAUGACUCACAGCGUCAGGCUACCAAAGAUGCUGGUAUCAUCGCUGGACUUAACGUUCUGCGUAUCAUCAACGAGCCCACAGCAGCAGCCAUCGCCUACGGCCUCGACAAGAAGGCAGGCACAGGAGACUCCAGAGAACGUAACGUGCUCAUCUUUGACCUGGGAGGUGGAACCUUCGAUGUGUCUGUCCUGAGCAUUGACGACGGUAUAUUUGAGGUGAAGUCUACAGCAGGAGACACUCAUCUUGGUGGCGAAGAUUUUGACAACCGUAUGGUCAAUCACUUCAUGCAAGAGUUCCAGAGAAAAUACAAGAAAGAUAUUAGCGGCAAUAAACGUGCCUUGCGACGUUUAAGAACGGCCUGUGAACGCGCUAAACGUACUCUGUCGUCCUCAACACAAGCCAAUGUGGAGAUUGACUCCCUAUUUGAGGGCAUCGACUUCUACUCGUCCAUCACUCGAGCCAGGUUUGAGGAGUUGUGUUCAGACCUGUUCCGUAACACACUGCUCCCCGUGGAGAAGGCUCUGAGAGACGCCAAGAUGGACAAGAGUCAAAUCCACGACAUUGUGCUGGUGGGUGGAUCAACCCGGAUCCCCAAAGUGCAGAAGUUGUUGCAAGACUUCUUCAACGGCAAGAACCUUAACAAGUCCAUCAACCCUGACGAGGCGGUGGCCUACGGUGCCGCUGUUCAGGGCGCCAUCCUUCGAGGUGACCAGUCCGACGGUGUCAAGGAUCUGCUACUUCUGGAUGUUGCACCUUUAUCAUUGGGUAUUGAAACAGCCGGAGGUGUCAUGACUGCCCUCAUCAAACGCAACACCACCAUCCCCACCAAACAGACUCAGAUCUUCACUACAUACUCAGACAACCAACCGGGUGUCCUUAUCCAAGUGUAUGAAGGGGAACGUGCCAUGACAAAGGACAACAAUCUGCUGGGCAAGUUUGAACUCUCGGGUAUUCCUCCUGCACCAAGAGGAGUACCUCAGAUAGAGGUCACUUUUGACAUCGAUGCCAACGGUAUCCUUAAUGUGUCAGCAGAGGAUAAGUCAACGGGCAAACAAAACAAGAUCACCAUCACUAAUGACAAGGGUCGCCUCAACAAGGAAGAAAUAGAGAGGAUGGUUCAAGAAGCAGAGAAAUAUUCAGAGGAAGACAGUCGCCAGCGAGAAAGAAUUGAGAGUAAGAAUCGUCUGGAGUCUCUGUGUCUCAACUUGAAGAGCAGCCUGAGUGAGGAGAACGUCUCCAGCAAACUGACGGAGGAAGAGAAGAAGAGUGUCACAGCCCAGGUGGAGGAAACACUUGUCUGGCUUGACAACAACCAGCUGGCAGAGAAGGAAGAGUUUGAGAGUCAACUCAGUAAACUGGAGGAACACUGGAAACCCUUGGCUGCUAAGAUUUACGGUUCAGGAGGUCCAAGUUCAGCUGGUCGAGGACCAGUUCCCCCAAACACCUCCAGUCGACCAGGACCAACUAUCGAAGAGGUUGACUAACUUAAUUCUAUGUAGUUUUAUUUUAUAUUUCUCUCAGGUAUUUAUUAUUACUAUAUUAUUUUAUAGACAUUUUAUUUAUAUUUUUGUAAAUAAAAAUCAUCUGUAA